UCAACGUGUUCUGAUUGACUACGAGAGCCUGAGGAUAGAAAUAGAAUACUGGAAGAGAGACAUUCAUUAUCAAUGAACCUAUAUAGGAAUUUUGGGAAUCUUCUUGAGAGUUGGGUGACUGAAGGCUACCCGGAUUUACACUAUCAGUCGGGACAUGGUGUGGACAUAUUAGACUCGGUGUCUAGGGACUCCGUCCCAUUAUCCAGUGUAAAAUCAGAAUCCGAGGACUCAGGAUUUGAGACGGUUAGUACAACUCCCUGCCAUUCUCACCAGUGUAGUGCAUUGACAUCUGAUGCAUCACACCCAGUUUUUGGCUCUACAGUGGAUCAUGUUCAACCUUCACCCCUGUCUCCUUCUAUGUGCUCCUCCUCAUCCUCAUGUGUCUCUCUCAGCUCUGUGGCUCCAAAAACAACAUGUCUGAAGGUGGAGCAAGCUUUGAGAAGGACAGAAUCACCCUCAUGGAGAGAAUCUUUGCACCAGAUGGAAAGGGGGGCAACUGGCCCACUGUAUCGCUGUAACACGGCCUCUUUUCCAACCAACUGUCACCCAACCAGCUCCAGACCACAUCAUCAAGUUGCCCGCCCAAGGAGAACACAUUCACAGCCUUCAGAUCCCAAGAAAGCAGAGCUCUACAGAAAAAGUCUUAAAUAUGACCAGCAUUGCCCACCUUUAGACAGCCAGUUGGCGCAGUUUGCAGACGGUAAUCAAUACAGGCUGGACAAGCUCUCUCCAGGGUUGCUGUAUCUGGAGCAAGUGUGCAGGAUGCUGGAGAACAUCGCAAUGCUACAGCAGCAAAACCACAGCCUGCAGAAGGAGUUGGAGAUCCUGAAGAGUCAGCAUGCUGAAAAAGAGUGUGUAAGCUUUCAUAAGGAGGAAAUAAGAUAUCCAGCCAGUCAAAGUUUACAGAUUCUGGGUCAUGAAGAUCCAGACAGUGGACCGUCUCGCCUAAAGGAACCCAAGGGGUUUCGGCACAGAUCAGUAUCCGACACUCAAGCAGCCGUCAGCCGUCACAGGAGAGCAAGGUUUGCUCAAGACGAACCUAUUGCAGAUAUCUUAGUCGAGGAGCCUGAGGGUAAAGAUCCUCUACUGGAAAAUGAACACAAAAAGCUAAGUAAGAUCCAAAAGCUGAAAUUUACAUCAUUUAGAAGGCAGGGAACACAACAGUCUGACAGCGAAAGUAAAAGCUUUCAGCCUAAGAAGAAAACAAAACUGCCAAAGAUUUUCAGGAGCAGAACGAUAACCACACGCCUAUGACAUUCAGGUCACACUGAUGCCUAGUGAUGGUGUUUCAAAGUAGUCAUACACCUCCCAUUUACCUGAGGAUUAUGGCACUAUUAUGUGUAACUGUGUAUGUUUUAGUCAAGUCCUUUGCACUUAAAAAAGUACUGAGUAGUACUAAUAAUCUUCAUGUACUUAAUUGUUCUGUGGAACUGCCAAUGCACUUUUUAUUUGUUAUAUUUGCUACAGAGACAGCAACAUAGUGUCGGUCCAAAUCUGGCCCACACCUGGUACGUGAGGAAUCUAUGUGUACCGGAUGUGGGCCAGAUCUGGGCCGACACUAUGUCGCUCUCUGGGUAUGGUGCAUUUGCAUGCACUGCAAAUCGUUGUAAUUGUUUCAUUUUCAUUGCUGGAACCUUUCAUUUUGAUUUAGUAUAUUUUCAUUGAUCAUGGUCAAUCUCAGUGCAUCAACCUUUGCUGCUAAAACAAUUUUUCUUUUACCUUAUUUUGUACGUGUAAAGUGUUUUAAUAAUAAUUGUUUUAUGUAAUAAAAUAUACAAUAUA